UUUUUUCUCUCCAGACGCGUAAAACGGGCAGGAAGCGCAGAGCAGCGCGGACAGAGAGCAGACCGCAGAAGAAGAAGAAGAAGAAGAAGAAGGAGAAGAAGAAGGAGAAGAAGAGCAGGUUCACAGAGGAAAGAGGAGAGCAGAAGAAGAAGAAGAAGAGAGGGAUCAGGAGAGGAGGAGGAGGAGUGUUGGAUGUAGCUGCUGUCUGCAUUGCUGCUGCUGCUGCUGUGGUCUUUGCCGUAUAUUUGUGGGGAAUGUGCGUCUCUCUAACUUUGUGAGUUGUGAGUCUCUCAUGCUGAGAGGAGGACGCAGAGGAUGGGAGUAACCUGGUCCUCCAGAUGUCUCGCUCUCUUUCUAGCUCUUCACAUCGGUGAGUCCAGAUUCAUCUCUUUAUUAUUUCACUCCGUCUGAACUCACUCCGCUUCGAUCCUCUGAGUGAUUCUGUUUCUGCUCCUGAGGUUUAAAAAAAGCAGAAAUCUGUUUUUUAAUCUGAACUCCUGAAGGUGUUUUAUUAUCAUCAUUCUGUUCAUAAUUUCAGCUUUAAUAAAACCAUCACUCCCGUUUGAAGAAGAAGGAGGUUCAUCAUCAUUUAUUUUAGAGCAGUAAGAGGGGAAAAUCUCUGAAUCGUUUUUAGAAUAAAAAUCUCUUUUAAAAUUUCGUCUUUUUCACCUUUUGACUCUGAAUUCGUUUAAAUUAAAUCUGAGAUGGAGCAGGAAUAAACAGUCAGAUCGGUGUCGGUGUUUCUGUGCUGAUUUGGGUCAUUUUUAAAGCAGCAGCCUCUUUAUCUAACGGGGCUUCACUUCACCGUGUGUGUGCGUGUGUGAGAGUGAGGCACGAGUGCGUGCGUGUGCAUGUGUGUGUGUGUGUGCUAACAAGGGGAAUGCCCCCCUCCCUCCCCUCCUCCUCCUCCCCUGCUCCUCCCCCCUCUCUGCACCUCUCUUGUCCCAAACUGAAGAUAUUUGUGAAAAUUUUUCUUCUUUUAUUUUUUAUUUUUUAUUUUCGUUUUUAAAUAAAAAUCUAAAUGUGUUUUUUUUUUUUGUUUCGUUUGUUCUAAUUUGUCCGGAUAUUUCCUGCAGAUUCAGAGACUCUGAGGUGGAGAACUGAAGCUGCCGUGAUCGGUCCUUUUACCGGAAUGAUCGGGAUGAAAUUAAACUGGUGAAAUUACUGGUUAGAAUCAUCGGAUCGGACCGGUUCUUUUCUUUCUCCUGAUCCGGUUCGGUUGCUCCGUCGUUCCCGCCGCAGUGUGCGGGUCUGCAGCAUCUCCUCCACACCCGCUCCUCCUCCUCCUCCUCUCAAACAAAAACCUCCUCAGUUAUUCCUCCUCCUCCUCUCCAACCUGCUGCUCCAGUUUCAUUUUUAAAAACAUGUUUUUAUUUUUUAUUAUUUCUGUAAACGAACAAAAACGACUCCGCGCACUCUCUCUCCGUGCACGGCGGAGAAACGACGAGCUGCUCUAUUUUUACGGUAAAAAUCAUCACGUGUUAUUUUGGAUUGAUGGGAACGAACGUGCGCGAGGAGGCAGGAUCCGUCUAAUACCUGGGAGAUCUGAUUUAAAGCUGAGAUGAGAGAAACACGGAGAUGGUUCAUAUUUUCUGUUUUCUGCUGUUGGAUUGCAUAACGACGCUGUGGAGGAGGUGUGUGUGUGUGUGUGUGUGUGUGUGUGUGUGUGUGUGUGUGUGUGUGUGUGUGUGUGUGUGUGUGUGUGCGCGCGCGCGUGUGUAGCUGAUGGCAGAGAGAGAAACGCUGAAUUAUUCAAGACGCAGAAUCCUCCCCGGUGCUAUUGUUAGAGAGAGAGAGAGAGAGAGAGAGAGAGAGAGAGAGAGAGAGAGAGAGAGAGGUGCAGAAAUCAUGUUCGGAUUAAUGAGACCGACCAGAACCAGAACCAAGAACCCAGAGAACCGCAGAUGAUGGAGGGAAAGAGAAGAAAGAGUUUAGAGAGAAAAUAAACAGAAACGAGGACAGAGAGGAGCUGAAUUAUUUCACUCUGAUGAUUUUUUACUCGGAGGGAAAUCGAAUAAAAUCGAUUAAUUAGUCUGCAUCACGAACACACAAACACUCCUCCUCCUUCCUCCUCCUCCUCCUCCUCUUCUUCUUCUCUUUUUUCAGGUUUAUUUUUAGGACUGAUCCUCUCUCUGCUCUUCUCCACCUUCAUCCACCUCUUUAUUUUUAACAUCACAUUUAUUUUACUGCUUCUUCUCAGAGCAGAUUUUCGCGCCUUUCUGCAGAAUUUUCCCUCCAAAAAUGAAAAAACAUGAAUUUUUAAAAAAUGGAAAAGAAUAAAAUUUUCAGCAGGACCGAAAAAAACGACAAUUCUGACCUGAUUCUCGUUUUUAAAGAGUUUUCAGUUAAAAUGUUUUAAUUUGGAGUUUUUUUUAUGGUCACGAGGAGAUUUUUACGCGCGAAAAGAAACAUCCUGUCGUGCGUGUGUGUGAGGUGGGUGUGUCUGUGGAAGCUACAACACGCUGUUUCAGCGGAGAUGCACUGCAGGCACCAGAGUGUGUGUGUGUGUGUGUGUGUGGAGGUGGGGUGAAUGAGUGCGAGCGUGCGUGAUUGGAGGCGUGAACGAAAACGCCGCGCGCAUCUCCGUCUGUGCGCGUGAGCUGGUCUGUCCUGGUUUCACUCAGAAGAGAAAAAUCAAAAUUAAAUAAAAACAAAAAAACGGUUUUUAGGAUUAAAAAAAAAAAAACGAGAGGAGAAUAAAAGUGAAAAUAAAAAAAGAUGAAAAUUAAACAGAAAUGAGAGGAUUAAAAAAUAAAGAUUAAAAAGAAUGAAAGAUAAAAUAAGAGGAGCUGUGAGCGGAAAUCAAAGAGAGAAAAUCCACUGAAUAAAAUAACGAGAAUUAAAGAGUUUUUAGGGUAAAAAGGAAAAUAAAAAGGUUUUUUAUUCAUUAAUCUGUUAAAAACACUUUUCUGCUUCAGGGAAAUCAGUCUGGAAAAACCGUCUCUGUAAAAGGUUUUAUAAAAAGAACAUUUAAUAAUAAGUAAAAAUGAGUAAAAGGACAUUUACGCAAGAAAAGAAAAAUAGGAAUCUGUGAAAAACGAUUUUAUAUUCAGAUUUUUAUUAAAGGUUUUAUUUAAUUUACGUUUUAAGAGAAAAGUCAAACCUGCUGCAGAGAAAAAGAGGAGCGAGAGAGAGAUGAUGUAAUGAUAGAGAGAGAGAGAGGGAGAGAGAGAGAGAGAGAGAGAGAGAGAGAGAGAUUCAUUAAACAGUUCAGAUUAAAUCAUAAAAAACACUGAGUCGAUCUUUAAUCCAGAGAAUCUUCCUCAUUUUAAAAUUAAACUAAAACAUUUUAAAAGUCUUUAUUUGAUGUUUUUUUAAUCUCAUAUUUUCUCAUGAAUAAAUAUUUAGAUGAAUUUAUGUUUUUAAUGUUUCUGCUGAUGAAAAAAUGAUGAUUUUCUGAUUCGAUCAAUCAGAGAGUGAUUGAUAAUUGUCCAGAGGAUUUAAAGGGAAACUGUUCGAUUAUUAAUAAUCGAUAGAAAAGAGGAUCAAUCGUUUGAACGUCCUCCAAAUAUGAAACUCAACAGUUAGAGGUUUUUUUCUGCUCUUCUCUGUUUGUAAUUUUUAAUUUUUUUUCACAUUUUUUUAAAUAAACGUUUUAAUUUGAUUUUAAACGGUCGUGUCCUGCAGCGGUGAGUCUGAAGGACUUCAGUGACUUUGAGAUGAUCGGGUUUUUUCGUCUCCACUGAAGGUCAAUCAGGACUCUGCUGCUCCGGGUUUGGACUGUUUCCUGUUUACAGGAAAACGUGUUUUUUUAUUUCAGAGCAGACGGAUCAUCGGAUCAUCGGCUCGGUCCGAUCGGUUCACCGACAGUUUUUCCUUCUGUAACCCUCCUGAUGUUCAGGUUCGUGUAUCUGCUCUUCGAUCAGGUUGAACUGCUGAAGCUCAUCUCCUCACAAACUGAUCAAUAACUCGAUAAAGGAUCAAACUCUUGUUACUGUUAAAAAUAAAGAUCUGCUCUUUCAGGUAACUCUGAGUUAAAGUUCCUGGUCUGAGGACUCUCUAAAAAGCUGGUCUGGGACCUUUGGUUCGGAGGUCUGUAUCCUGCACUUACAAGGUGUGGCCAGUGGGGGGCAGUGUUUGGAGAGACGAAACAAAACAGAUAAAAAGAGCGAGAGAGUCGGAGAAAAGAAGAGAAAAUACAGGGAUGUAAAAAAAAAACACAAACCUAUUUUUUCCUUAAAAUGUAUAAAAAUAAAAGAUUUAACCUGAAAAAACAUUUAAAUAAAUAAGAGUUAUCAUUCGAAUAAAGUGAUUUCUGUGAAAACGUUAAAGUGAGUCACAGCGAUGAGAGACAGUACGUCAUCAUUAUGAGAUCAAAAUAGACAAAAUAUAGAAAAACUUUGAAUUAUGAGCUGAACUGUUUUAAUAAUGAUGAUGAUGAUGAUGAUGAUGAUGAGGAGGAGGAGGAGGAGGAGGAGGAGGUAAAGUCAGAAUUAAAGUUUAACUCGUUAGAUAAAAAGUCAUAAUUAAAAUAUAAUUCACAUCCUAAUUAAAAACUUCAAACAAAGAAGAUAAAAAUUCAUAAUAAUGAGUUUUAAAUAUGAAAUCACGAGAAGUCACAAUUAUUAACAGAAGGUUUAAUUUUUUACACAAGAUAAUUAUGAGAUAAUAAUUACAAAGAUAUGAGGUCAUUAUAAGAUGAUGUGACAAAACUAAGAUAUACAGGAAAGUUAUGAAAUAUUUAUUUUGAUAAUUAUGAAAUAGUGAUGUGAUAAUAAUGGGAUAGUUAGGCAAUAAUUAUGAGAUAUUUAUAAAAUAUUUAUGAGAUUAUAAUGAAUUAGUUAUGAGAUAUUUUUUUCAAUUAUUAAGAUAACAGUUAUGAGAUAAUUACAAGAUGAUGUGACAUAACUAAUAUAUAUUAAAAAAAUAUGAUAAUAAUGAGAUAAUGAUGAGAUAAUUAUGAAAAGGUGAAGAGAUAAUAGUGAGAUAGUUAGAAAAUAACUAUGAGAUUAUAAUCAAAUAGUUAUGAGAUAAUUAUGAGAUGGUAAUAACAUAGUUACAGAUAUUUAUGACAGACUUGAGAUAGUUUAAAGAUAAUAAAAGGAAAAUAUUGAAAUAAUUAUGAGAUUAUUAAAUGGAGAGAAACUAUUAUGAGAUUAAAAUCUUUAGAUCUGAUAAAAAAAAGUUUAAUUCUAAUAAAGUUAUUUUUAAUCUUUUUUAGUUUGAUGUAAAGGAGUUUCUCAGUUAAACUGUUUCACAUGUUUUUGUAAUAAUUCAUAACAUGUUUGUAGAGUUCAGUCUAAAGCAGGAACAGUCCUGGGAGGUAAAACUGACCGAGUCAAUGAAGCUGGUUCUGGUUCUGGUUCUGAUUCUAUUUGUGGAAAUGUUAUCAACAUUAUUUCACUGUGUUUCUUUUUAAUGUUUUAAAAAUGUUCGUUGUUUUUAUGCUGUGAUGUUUCUGUUCUUGUCUGUGUAAAUAUCACUGAAAUAAUAUAUAAAGUUUCUGUAUUUAGUUAAACUGCAUUUUAAAGGUUUUACUCAAGAAUUCAGUCAUUUUAGAUUAAAGCUCCUGUGAGGAAAGUUUGACUCGUAUUUGGCGCCCCCUCUGGACAAACUGGAUAAAUCUGUCCGCUCUGUUUAUUUUAGGUUUUUGUUUUUAUCAUGUCAGUAAAUUUGAGUCUUUUAUUUGUUGUUUUUUUACAGUUUUUUUUCAUUGUUCAGUUUUCCUUGUCGGCGGGUUUGAACCGCGGUUUCUAAACGGGUCCGCCGGGUUAAAGGGGCGUGUCCCCUCGAGUCUGAUUGGACACGUCACGCCGUGUUAGUCCUCUGUUUGAUGGAGUGGAACCGACAGCAGGCGUGUUUUUAUCAGAACUAAUCAAUCAGGCCGAUCCUCUGCUUAAUGAACCGCACACACACACACACACACACACACACACACACACACACACACACACACGCACGCUGAGUUAACAGAGGUUGUGUGUGUGUGUGUGUGUGUGUGUGUGUGUGUGUGUGUGUGUUAGAGAUGUUUUAUAGGCAAGUUUCAGUCUGUUGGAGAGAGAGAGGGAGGAGACUGACACGGCAUUAAUUACACACACACACACACACACACACACACACACACACACACACACACACACACACUUUCUUUUGAGUCAUGUCCUGCUGAAUCGGUGCGAUCUUUAACGAUCUUUAACGAGUUUCUCCGUAAAUCGGGUCGUUGACUCGUCAGAGGACUCAGGGACGGGUUUGGGCCUCACGGUCAGGUUCAGGUCUGGUAAAGUUCUGGUUCAGGUCUGGUAAAGUUCUGGUUCAGGUCUGGUAAAGUUCCUGUUCAGAGUCUCCUUUAGGGGUCAGAGCUGGUUCCUGGUCCCCCUCAGUCCUCUUUCAGAGUACUGUUGAAGGAACAUUUAAAGGGUUCAGGUUCCCUCUUAGGUUUAGUUCCUGUUUUAGAGGACCCUAUAGUAUAAGGUCCUGGUCUUUGGUGGUACCCUGUGACCUCCCUGUUCUGGUUCUUUUUAAGGUCUGGUUGAGGUACUUGAAGAGUCCUGGUUAAAUGGUUCUAUUAUGGGUUAACUAUGAGCAUUAUUGGUAAAGUUCCUGGAACAGGUACAGGCUGGUUCUGGAUAACCUUUGACCUCUUCGUUAAGGUUCCUGGAGUGUGUGGCCUACAGGACCUUUCUAGUUAAAGUCUGUUCAUCGGUACAGGACGACGUGUUUACGGGUUUUUAAAUACAUUUAAAGGUUCCCUCUGCAGGUCUGUAUUCAGGGACCAUGUGGUCUCAGUGUUUUGGUACCAGUACUGACAGGUUCACAGUUUUAGGAGCCUGAAGAUUUGGUUCCUGGUUCGUGUUAGUAUCGGUUUGUCAGGUUCCCCUCACAGGUGUGUGUUCAGGGUCUCCAGGUGAUGGUUCUCUGUUUGAAGGUUCAGAGCGCCUGAAGCACCUGUUUUCCUGAACCUUUAACCCCCGACCUCCACCUUCAUCCUGAUCAUCUCCUAAAAGGUCGUAUCCUCCGAUCGUAGCUGAUCGUAACCAUUCAAGUUAACGUGUCAAUUUACACCGACUUCUUUCCGUUCCUCUGCGGAUCGCCGGACUCCUCAGCUGAUCACAAGAGUUCUAGUUUUUCCGACAAACGUCACGAUUGUUCGCCGACACAAACAGGCGCGGAGAGCAAUUUGUGUUUUGUGCGCAUGUGUGUCAAUUCACAGACGCAUUCAUCGUUGUGAUGUGAACGACCGCACAGAAAGAUCCGAUUGAACAAAAAAAUCAGAAUUGUGGAUCAGAACCUGCAGAGAGAACGUAGACGAAGUGUCUGUCUUUACAGAGACGACUCGUUAUCGCACGAUUAAACGUGAAUCUUGUGAGUUCUCGUGAUAUCGAUGUCGUGAUCGGAUAUCCCUGAAAGUAUAAAAAUGUAAACAGAUAUUUAUUUAUCACCACGGAGAACUUUUCACUGUUCACUGAAAAACUAACAGACCUUCACAAAGGUUCCUGUUCCCUAAAACUACCCCAACAACAAAUCAGCAGUUUGACCCCAAAAGUCAUCAAAGAACGAGUCCAGACCUUCACAGUCCCCCCGGUUCAGAGUCCAACAAAAAUGAUCUAGCUAUGGUUCUGAUCCAGUCACCCCGGUCCAACAGAAACUACAGAACCACAGAACCAUCCAUCAAAAAGGAAAAGUCAGCAAAAACAGUUAGGAGACUCACCGGUCCUUGGGUUUCUCCCUCUGAGCCCGGUUCUGAAGUUCCUGGUCCAGUAUCAGGGACGGUUGAGGAUCACCUGCAGCUCUAGAAGAGUUCUGGGUUUCCUCACUCAGGAUCAGAGGUCCGGUUUCCCUGGAACCAGCCGACCUGAAGCUUCUGUAAUCAUCUUCAGACUGUUGAGAGUCGUCCUUCAGGACUUUGGAAGAUCUUCUUAAAAACUCUCUCUGAGCUCCAUCUCAGAGUUUUUACUCCCUCAUGAGUUAAACUCUCAGAUCCUCUGAAGUCCUCCUGGUCGUUCCAAAGUCUCUAAAGCUGAUCGAUCUUUGUCCAUCAGAGCUCCUCGACUUUGGAACGACCUUCAGAGGAGAGAAGGAGAACAGCAGAGACAGACGCUUCUUUAAGUCAAAGUUAAAAACUCACUUUUAGACUUGACUUGAUUUUAUCUUUUAUCUUAUUUCUUCUUCCUGUCUUUUUAGUCUUUGUUUUACUGAUAAUCUUUCUGUAUUUAACCUUUUAUUGAUUUAGUUUUUUUCCUGCUCAUUGUUGUUUUUCCAUUUGAUCAUUAAUAUUACAUCAUUAUUAUUUUAUCAUUAUCAAUAUUGUCUUUUUAUAUUGACUAUCCUGUUUCCUCUUUUAUUCCAUUUCUUUUUCUUUCCUGUUUCCUGUUUUUGUUUUUAAUCCUCAUGGUCUCAGUUUAUGUUCUCGGUUCUUUGAUUUUCUGGGUUUCUUAUGAAAAAUUAAAUUUUCCUUUAAUUCAGAGGUUUUUAACUGAGCUUCUGUUUUUAUUUGUUUUUAUUUUCAUGUGCUGUACGACUGUUUGUCAAAGAACUUUGUAAACUUCUGUUUUUAAAAGUGAUAUAAAAAUAAAAUAAUAAUAAUAAUUAUUAUUAUUAUUAUUAUUAUUAUACGUUUUUUCAGGAUGUUGUUCCCAGGUUCUCUCUGACUCUGAAGGACCUUUUUCUCUCUGUUUGUCUUUAAACCUUUUGAAGAACAGUCGCUCUGAUAAAACAGGUUUAAAGUGAAAUAAAUGAGCGCUGAUGUUCUGGUCCCACUCAGUCCUGAAUACAGGACCGCUGUAGUCCUGAUGGGUUCAGGUCCGUUAGUUCAGGCGGACUCUGAGCAGCUGGACUCUGGUUAGUGUGAGGUUUGGACGGACCGUCCUCUUCAUCACCUGAAGAUGAUUCAGAGAUCUGGUUUAAUGACGACCUUCAUGAGUCUCCUCCGUGUUCAUCAACACGUGUGACGUUAACAUGAUCACGUGUGACGUUCAUGAUGACAGUCUCAUGUAGACCUCUUCCUGACGGUUGUUUUGGUCAUGUUGAGUUUUUCUGAAUUAUUUAAGUUUCAGAGGAAAACUGUGACUUUAAACUCUCCUUCUUUUCUCCUCCUCCUCCUCCUGCUCCUUCUCCUCCUCCUCCUCCUGCUGCUCCUCCUCCUGCUCCUCCUCCUCCUCCUCCAGUCUCGGUGCUGCAGACGGUUCUGGUCAGCGCGGGUCAAUGUGACUCGGUCUUUAAAGGUUUCUCCGACUGUCUGCUUCAGUUGGGGGAGAACAUGGCGAACUAUCCCCAGGACCUGGACGACCGGGAGAACCUGCACAAGAUCUGCAGGUAAAGAUGUGACCACAAAAAAACACAAUAACAUCUAACAAACAAGAUCUUCAUUUAUUAUUAUUAUUUUUUUACUUAUUUAACAUUUAAUGAAAUACUUAAAAAAUCCUCAAAGUAUAAAAAACAUUUAAAAACAAAUAUUUCUCACAAUAAAAACAAAAACUGUUAAAUGUUUUUAGUUUUUAUCAUUUCAAUUUUUUUAAUUUAUAGACACAUUUUGUUUAUUUUUAUGUUAAAAAAAAUCUUACAUUUAUGAAUAAGUAUGAUUUUUUUUUGCAUUUUUUACAUUUCCUUUUUUGUUAAAUAUUUUUUAAAGAUUUCCGUCACUCCAUCAAUUAUUUUUCUGUAUUUUUUCACCUUAUAUAAUGUUUUUGCAUUUAUUUACAUGUUAUUUUGGUCAUAAAAUGUUUGUGAAUUUGACCCUCAGGGCCACCGUACUGGUGCUUGUUUGUCAGUAAGAAAGAAAAAUAACCAGACUGCAGUUUCUCCGAUGAUUUCAGUUUUUUUAAAGAUGAUAUUUAAACACAGUUUUACACUAAAACUGUUUUUUUUUUCUGUUUCUUUAAAGUGACAGACUGAGACGACUUAAAUAUGACACAACAGUUAAAAAAUGUUUUAUUUACUGGAAUCAGAGCCUCUAAAAUCGCAGCACUGAGCUUUAAUUUCACGACUCCAUGAAAGAAAAAUGAUGAAAGUCGAACCCUGAGGGAGACCUGAGCGCAAUAUGGGAGGACCAGCUGACCCCCAACACCCCCACCAACCAGAGCGGGUGGGCACCAGAUGGCAGAGGAAGCCCCCAUCCCACACACACACACACACACACUCACACUCACACACACACGGUUUUUUAAUUCAGUGACAGCUCCAUCACAGCGGUGUUGAGGCGUGGCAGAGGGGAUGCGUUAAUACGCCUCCUAACACUCACACGCAUACACACACACACACACACACACACUCACACACACACACACACACUCACACACACACAUGUUAAUUGCUCUGAGAUGUCGGAUCGACACGGCUCGGUUCAGAAGGUCAACAUCAAUAAGAGCAGAUUGGAAGAUUGGAUUAGAUACGCUGUGUGUGUGUGUGUGUGUGUGUGUGUGUGUGUGUGAGUGUGUGUGUGAGUGUGUGUGUGUGUGUGUGCAUGUUAGGAGGUGUUAGUGAGCAGGCUGGUGUCGUCUUUACAUCAACAGAGAUGAAAUAAGAGACAAAAGAUGAACAGAUUGAUAGAGAGAGAGAGAGAGAGAGAGAAUGAAUAAAUAAAGAGGAAGAGAGAGAGAGAGAGAGUCUGAACAUAAGAGAAGAAGGAGAGGAGAGGAGGAUAUAAUGAGAAAGAUAUAAAGGAGAAAAAAGGAGGGUGGAGCUGGUGGAGUAAAAAUAAAACAAGAAGAAAGAGAGAGAGGAGGAGGAGGAGGGAGGAGGGAGGAACUAAGGAGAGGAGACAAAAGAGGCUCACAAGGAGGGUAGGAAAGGAAAUGAAAGUAAAAGUAGGAAGGAUAGAAGGAUAGAAGGAGUCAGAAAUAGGAGACAGUCGGUCAGCUGAGAACUCUUGGACUGAAGUGAAAUUUCCACUCUGAGUUAGACCCAAGACCAGAUCACCAGAACCAGAACCAAAGAGACUAAACACAACUCACCUACUCUCUUCCAGCAGACGCUUGUUUGUAGAGAGACCUCAGGCCAGUCCAUUAGGGACUACAGCGGGGUGCCGCAGCUCAAGGAAGAACAUUUAUGAUCAUUUCUUCAUGGAAAUACAAUCAGACCGAGACGCUAAGACAGAAGAACUACCGCGUCUGUAAAAUGAUCAAUAUGGUGAUUAUUACUUCAAGGAAAUGAUAAAGAAAUGAUCAUAAAUGUUCUUCCUUGAGCUGCGGCACCCCGCUGUAGUUACUAGUCUAACCCGGGGUUACGGUGGGUUUGACCCUACAUUAGUUUUAUGACUGAAUAUCCCUUUAAAAGACGUCCAAGUCUUCGUUUAGAGGGGGCAGGACGAGCUCGUCCAGUCUCCCUCUCUCCAAAGACCAGUCUAACCCUGACCUGGAGGAACCAGAACCUCCUCAGACUCUGGGUUUUCAUGGCUCUCCAGUUGGAUCUGGACUCUGAUUUGGACCCUGGUUCUGGUUCCCAGGGAGAAGUCGGUGUUUUUGUGUCCCUGCCCGGUACUCUGGAAAAGACGGAGUAGUAGUCCGCUCCACGGCUCCACGCUCGCUUUAGUUGUUGUUUUCCUGGAGUCUAAACGGGUCCUCACGAGCGCCCAGAUUCUGGGCCCGUUUCCACUCUUGGCGCUGCCUCCUGAGUAGAUGAUCCGGUCCGUUUCAAACCGCCUCCCACGGCGGUCACAGACUCGCUGCUAACGCUCUCUGUGUUUUCUCCCGCCAGUUACUGGGAUAACUUCCACUCCUGCGCCACGACGGCGCUGGCCGACUGCCAGGAGGGAGCGACGGACCUCUGGGAGAAACUGAAAAAGGAGUCCCGCAACCUGGAUUUCCGUGGGAGUUUGUUUGAACUCUGUGGCGGCGGCAACGGGGCCCCCAGAUCAGCUGACGCCAGGGGCCUCACCUUGGUCCUCACCGCGCUGCCCACCAUACUGACUUGGCUGGCGUUUUAACAGGAAGCAGGAAACGAUGAAAUAAAAACACAAAGUAAAAGAAGAAAAAAAGGAAAAAGAAACUAAAAGAAAAAGAGCGCCCGCUCGUCUUCACCGCCGAAGAAAAAAACAACGACCACGACAUCGACUCCUCGGAGGAGGAGGACUCGAGUUCGACUCCAUCACCAGAAAAAAAAAAAGAAAAAAUACUAACUGGAUUUUUCUACAUCACGGUACGGCGGCCCCGUUCGCCUUCCUGGGACAUCUGCAGGCCGUCCUCCUGCAGCGCUCAUCCAAUCACACGCCGACCUGACCCGGAGGUCGAUAACAUUAAAUAUUCAGCACGCCGUCGAGCUGAAAUGAUGACAAUGAUGAAAAUUUGAUGGAUCCUCGCCCGCUUACAAUCGUGGAAUUACACAGUAUUAAAGUCAACCCUGAAUUAUUCAUGUUUAGUCGGCGAGGCCUGGACGGCGGCGGCGGCGUGUGACUGCGGGGUGCUGACACGGGAUCAGGCUAUAUAUUAGAGCUGCCUUAUAGCCUGAGGAACAGACGGACGCCGGCCCAGCUCCACUAAAUCAAUAAGACCAGCCCGGGCCUUCAGCGCCAGCCGCCUCAUCGCCGCCACAGACACGCUCCUUUUCUAUCGCCAACCUGACUGCGUUGACCCCGGUCGCUUUGAUGGACUGAAUGCUUGACGGUGAUGUAAUCUUUGUAUUAUUAUUGGCUGUUUGUUGUGUUCAGGCCACGGUCACACCGGCUCUGCACCAAUCCCAAUGACAUCAUCACUCCGCCAAACGCCACCCGUGCAGGUUAAAGAGGCGGGAAGCAAAAGCGCUGACGUUUACGCCACAAGGCGAACUGUCAGCGCCACGGCAUUUCACCGCCUGAUGUUGAAGUGGCGAGCUUGCUUGUACUCAGAAAAUCAACGCCACGUGAAAAAAUCUCGCCGUCUCUGGUGUGACCGCAGCCUUCCCCCCUGAGCUGCAUGUGGUCGAGUCGACCGUCUCAGACGUGACAGGAAAUGAGCACAAACCGCAGAAGAAGAAGAGACUCUGCAGGUCAAAGGUCAAAGAUCCACCGACCACCUGCUGUUCAGUUAAAGCUCAAAGUGUACCGACCCGGGACCCGGGACCUGUGACCCGGGACCGGAUGUCUGAUUACCGUAACUCCUGGACUAUAAGAGCAAUCCAGAAAAUUCAAACGGAUCAUGAAGUAAAAAACAGUUUUUGAUUCGGUGAGCUGAACCGAAGGUCCCGCCUCCCUCACCUCUGAUUAGCUAGAAGUGCUGGGCUCUGAUUGGUUAUUCCUGAUGGUUGUGAAAUGUCAUCGUCUGUCGGGUCAGGAGACUCAGAAUAAUGUUCUGGUCGAUGUUCAGAGCCGACAGCCUGUGAUGAUGUUUCCAGCUUUUCUAGCCAAUCAGAGGCAAAGGAGGCGGGACCUUCCCCUAACGAGUGAAAACUCAGUUCAACACCUGAGCGGAGCAGGUGAGGUCAGGUGAGCUAACAGGCUAAUGUAGAGAAGCUAACGGGGUCAGUUUCAGGGUCGAUCCGGACCGUGUGAGCCGGACUAAGAGGUCCAGUCAGUCUAACUGUCCUGUUCUCACUUGGACCCGUCUGACCGUCCUUCUCGUGGUCGUUAAAGCCCCGCCUGCGUGUCUUUGUGCUCAUUUCCUGAGACCCCUGAGAAAAGCUCAGACUCCCGUCGGCCCGGUUCUGGACCUGAAGGAAACUGUAAGAGGACCUUUCUGGACCUGAGCGUAGAAACCCGGUUUACUAAUCCUAAUAAUGACUUUGUUUGAUGUUGGUGUUGAUUUCUCAGAGUUCCCGCCUCCAUGUGUUGAAAUGAAUGAAUCUGUGAGAAAAACGGUUUCUGGACAAAAACAUGAAAAAAAAAAGACGUAUUUUUCAAAGUCGACAGCAAUACGAAGACGAGACUUCAUGGCCAGUGUAGCGAUAAAACAUCCAACCGUGGCUGAAGAGAGAUACGACUGUUUCCAUUUAGCACCUCCCCCUUUUCAUGCUCCGCCCAUUCUAGAGGAUCGUAGAGGUGAUAUAUUUUAGGUCUGUAUGUUAGAGUUUAACGCCGACGUCCCCACAGUACAGUAGCAUCGUAAAACACCGAAAAACGGAAAAUAAACCCAGGAGCUCGUUUCUUUCUCUGCGGAGGCUCAGACCACAUUUCCACGGCCUUCUGACCCAAACGGCGUGUUCUUCUUCUUCUUCUGUUCGUUCGUUUGUUUGUCGGUUCGUCUCUCUGGAGAUGUGGAGUUAAAAAAAAAAAAGAAGAAAAAAGGACUAUUCCAAAAAUCAUCUAAGAAGAGAAAAUGUAUAUGAAAUGAUUUUAAGAAAAUACAAAGUUCUAUUAUAGAUAGAUCUAUUCUAGAUUAUCCAGGACAGCAGACUGAUUCUAGACCUACGAGAGUAGAUUCCAACUGGAAAAGACUGACCAAGAGUCGUCAAUAAAAGAGUCAUGUUUGAACAGACCCCUGUGCUUUUAUUGGG